AUGACUAGCAAGGUUGCAGAAGGGCUCCAGAGGGUCAAGGAGCUGGUGGAAAACAUGCAGCCAGGAGAGCAAAAGGUCGUAGACCUCGCCCGCGAUACUACAGACGUCAACGGAUGCCUCCCCUUCACCACUGACCAUGGAGUCAAAGUUAGCGAUACGGACUUUUGGCUUCGACUUGCAUCCGAAAAUCAAACCGGCCCAUCGCUUUUGGAGGAUCAGAUUGCUCGUGAAAAGAUCCAUCGAUUUGACCAUGAAAGAAUCCCAGAACGUGUGGUCCAUGCACGAGGAACAGGUGCUUUUGGGCACUUCAAGCUCUACGAGAGCGCGGCAGACGUGACGUCCGCUGGUGUUCUAACUGACACGUCCCGGACUACUCCGGUGUUCGUUCGGUUUUCCACCGUCCAGGGCAGCAAAGGCAGUUUCGAUACAGUCCGUGAUGUCCGAGGUUUCGCUACCAAAUUCUAUACAGAAGAAGGCAACUGGGAUCUUGUUGGAAAUAACAUUCCUGUAUUCUUCAUUCAAGAUGCUGUGAAAUUCCCAGAUUUUGUUCACGCUGUGAAGCCGGAACCUCAUAACGAAGUUCCCCAGGGGCAAACAGCACAUAACAACUUCUGGGACUUUGUUUAUAUGCAUCCUGAGGCGACGCAUAUGUUCAUGUGGGCUAUGUCAGACAGGGCUAUUCCGCGAUCAUAUCGGAUGAUGCAAGGAUUUGGUGUUAAUACUUUCGUUUUGGUGAAUAAACAAGGGAAAAGACAUUUCGUUAAGUUUCACUGGAUGCCUGAACUUGGGGUUCAUUCCUUGGUCCCCGAUGAAUCAUUCAAACUUGGUGGCCAGGACCCAGACUUUCACCGUAAAGACCUAAUGGAGGCAAUCGACAAUAAGGUGUACCCGAAAUGGAAGCUUGGAAUUCAGGUUCUUCCUGAAGAAAAAGAGCACGAUUUUGAUUUUGAUAUACUUGAUUCAACUAAGAUAUGGCCAGAGACCCUAAUACCUGUUCGGUAUGUUGGAGAGAUGGAGCUCAACCGCAACAUUGAUGAGUUUUUCCCACAGACAGAACAGGUUGCCUUCUGUACCGCCCACAUUGUCCCUGGAAUUGAAUUCUCCGACGAUCCUCUGCUCCAGGGACGCAAUUUCUCCUAUUUUGACACUCAAAUUACCCGCCUUGGUGUCAACUGGGAGGAGCUCCCCAUCAAUCGUCCUGUGUGCCCUGUUAUGAAUCACAACAGGGAUGGUGCAAUGCGACAUAAGAUAACCCAAGGAACCGUAAACUAUUGGCCGAACCGUUUCGAGGCUUGCCCACCCACGAAACCCGAGGAUGGGGGUUUUGUCACUUACCCUCAAAAGGUAGAGCAGAGUAUCAAAGUGAGGAUGCUUAGUAGCAAGUUCCGCGAGCAUAUCAACCAAGCGCAAUUAUUCUAUAACUCUCUCUCCGAAUACGAAAAGCUCCAUGUCAAAAAUGCUUUUUGCUUUGAGUUGGAUCACUGCGAUGACCCCAUUGUCUACAACAGACUUGUGUCUCGGAUUUCUGAAAUCGACCAUGCCCUCGCCCAAGCUGUCGCAGUGAAAGUCGGCGCACCGACCCCACAAAGGCCUGGGAGAGACAACCCAGGUCAAACAGCCAUUAACCUAAGCCAAAAAUACAUCAACGACCGUCAGCCGUCCUCUCCCACGAUGAAGGGUCGGAGGAUCGCCAUCUUGAUUGGGGAUGGUUACGACUCCGUCGCCUUUGGCACGGCCAUAGCUGCGGUGAGCGCCAUGGGCGCGCUACCCUUCAUAAUCGGCACGAAGCGGCAACCCAUCUUUGCCGACGACGAGGACAGGAAUCACUCCAAGGGUGUGACUCCAAACCACAACUACACCAGCCAACGUUCCACUUGUUUCGACGCCACUUUCAUCCCUGGUGGCUCACAUAUCAAGGAAUUGAGCCAGCUGGGCCCUAUCCAGCACUGGGUUGCCGAGCAGUUCGGACACUGCAAGGCAAUUGGCGCCACAGGAGAGGCCAUCAAUCUUAUCGUGCAGGCUCUGAACAACCUGCCCGAUUUGGAGGUCGCAUCGGCCUCGUCAGGGCAUCCAGUCGAUUGGUACGGCGUUGUCACGUCGAGUAAGCUGCAUGAGCCCCAUAGUUUGACCGAAGGGAUCAAGUUGUUUCCCGAGGCGAGUGAUUUCUUGGGCAAGUUCUUUUAUCAGAUCUCCCAGCAUCGGAAUUACGAGCGGGAGAUGGCUGGGUUGACGGACAAGGUUCCAUUUUAA